AUGGUUACAACAGGGAUAACUUUCGAGGACAGAUACAAGCUGAUCAAGGAGGGUAAUCAACAACUCAAGGGACAAAUUAAUAGCUUGAACGAGACUGUUAAUGAAGCCAAAAAAGACAUAAACAACAUCAAUAAUAAAUAUAGAGAUAUCGAAAAGGAAAACUCAUUAUUGAAAAGCAAAAACAUUAAUCUAGAGAAUAAGCUGAAAAAAUAUAACUUAGUCAUCUAUGGGGUAAAGGAAAGUGAUAAGAGGCCUAUGGAAGAUACUUUAAGCACUAUCGAAGAAAAAUUAGAAUUUCAAAUUUUCCCAAGUGCCGUAAGGGACUGUUUCCGUAUUGGCAAAAAGCUAUCCGAUUCUGAUAAUAGAGCUAGGCCACUUGUCGUCGAAUUCGUUAAUUACAAUGUAAAACAAAAAGUUUUGGAGAAGGCAAGAAAACUUCCUAAAGAAGAAUACGCCAAGAGAAAAUUACUUCAUCAGCACCUGAAGAAAGCCAGACAAGCAUCUAAUUCUGCCUUUAUUAAAAACAAUAUUCUCUAUGUCAAUGGCAAAGCAUUUACCUGGGAAAAGCUACAGAAUGACGAUAUUGACGACCAUCAGGAUGAAGGAAUCAUUGAGACAGUUAUCUCCAAGCAGGAUAAAAAUACCGAAGAACAACCAAUCCCUCAAGAUACGAAAAGACUGGAAAAGAGACUGCAAGAUGAACCAAGCAAGGUCAACAAGAUAGUUCCAGCACGCUCAUCUAAAAGUACCCUUACUUCCUCACAAAAAAGGCCUAAACUACGCAGUACUUCGAAGUAA